AAAAGCAAAAGCAAAGAAUUGUGGGUAACUUUGGUGGUGUGUUGUGUUUGUUGAACGAGCAUGUGCUGAGAGAAUAAAGGCCAUUUUCAUUAAAGAAUAAUGAAUAGCAUUAUUGCAGGACUUUGGCCUGUCGCGCUGCUCUCUGCAGCUCAGAACAAUGGCACGGCUUUGCAGGAAAAGACUUCCAAAGAACCAUUUUGUUUCACAGAUUCUAAUCACCAAUGGAACGCCUUUUAGAGUAGCCCAAACAUUGACCCACCGUGCCAUCGUGACAGCUGUCUGAGCUCGGCUGCUCACCCAAGGUCAGAUGUGACCUGACGUGCCCUGUCCUGCGUACAUGACAGCGUGAGCCCUGUUUUUGUCUGUUCUCCUCGAAAGAAUAAUGGAGGUCAGUGCGCUGCCCGAAAAAGGGACAGUUGUCAGAACAAUUUGUGAUGAGUCAUGGUAAUUAUGCAAGAGGCCCGUGGUGGUUUCCGCAGCUGGGAAAGAGCAGGAAAUGUCGCUACAGUUGUCUGAACUGAAACGGUAACAAAUAGCUGGAACGUGAAAUUUCAUUCAACUUGAGCGUAUGGAGCGUGGCGUUGUAAACCCCGACAGUGUUCACUUGUCAGUAAGAUACAUGUAAACUAAUGUAAUACUAUGAAAAUGAACUUCUCUAUUGAUUUAUAUUCACCAUCAAUUCAUCAUAAUGACAGCAUUUUAUUUCCUUCCCAUUACUCAGUAAGCGUCUUCAUUCUUUCUGCCCUCUGUGACUCCCUGUCAUCUCUCUAUCGGUCCACACAGUAAAUGUCUAUUCCUAUUUCAUGGUCUGUUCACGAGGGUCAGAACUUCCCGUUCCCAAUGACUUAUGGUGGAAAAGAAGUAAAGCCAACACAUCACUUUAAAACACGCUGCGUUUCUUUGUAUCUGACAGUAUUUGGAGACACCCAGAGUGUCCUCAGUUACAGAGAAAGACUGUCAGUAACAAUCACUGCACUGUAGACUUGGCUGCAAUUCACAAGUUAAAAAAAAAGUCCUUCAAUAUUAAAGAAGAUGGAAACUUUGGCAAGAGACUGACAAUAUAUAAGAGAUAUUUCUAUUUGUAAAUAAAGAGAUUAUUCCUACACAGUAUUUGACAAUUUGGAAGCAACAGUAAAACAUCAAUAUGCAGACCAUCAAUGUUAUAAUUAUAAUUAUCAUACUACAUAUGAUAACACUUCCAAAAAGAACUAUAACUAUCUGAUAAUGACACAUUUCUUGCAGAUGUGAAGAGGAGAAACUCUUGUUAUUGUUAUGUAGCAAGACCAAAAAGGAGGAGUUUUAAAAUAGAUUCUUCCAGAACCAGGGUGAUUGUUUAAUUGAGAUGACAGUUGGACACAACGUCCAUCACACUGGACUAAGCCGAGCAAAAAAAGACAUCUGAAACAGUCCUUCACUGUUGACAGAAGCAUUACGGCGUAUAUGCUGAGAAAGAUAAUUGGUGUAUCUGAUUCAGAAAGUGAAUCAGUGUUUGCAUAUUAUAUAGCAGCAGGCAGGAGGAAUAUUAUAUUUCUGUCAGGGCCUCAGAGGAAAACUGCACAGUGGAGACGUUGCCACCAUACCUGUAGUAGAGGGUGAAUAUACUUCAUUAUCUCAGCUUUGGAAGUGUUUCCUGAAGGGAUAGUUAUACAGUUGGUGACUGUAUCUGUUUAAUGAUAUCUGCCCUUGAUAAGCCGUUUAAGGUCUUAUCUCUAUACAUUUAUAACAAACAAUAUUAACAAAAUAAGGUGGCAACAUGUUUUUGUUUUUUUUUUUGUCCACGAGAAAUUUGAUUUACAGAAUUUUUAAGGGCGAGUCAUUUUUGAUGACAUUUUACAACCAGUUACAGUACUUCACAGUUACUUGUUCAGAUCACAUUAACCAUCAGUGUUAGUGUGAACAGUGACCAAAUGACCACUGAGAUUGUCUUCAUUUGUUAUUGCAGAAUAAGUCUUAAAAAGAAAGGAAAUAUUUUAUUGAAUUACUGCUGUCAUUUAUCAAGGUGAGUAAAUUCACAACACAGAAUUAGGUUCCUCUAUAAUUUGUAUUUAAUGAAUCUUAAUGAGUGCUUGGUAAAAUAUGGAUAAUAUUUUGAUAAAAUAUUCAUUAAAAAUUCAUUUCUGCCAUCUCCUCAAGCCAAAAGAGAAAAUGUUGCUCUGACGAUUGGAUGGUAAAGAAAGAAUCUUUUCAUUAGCCGUUCAUACUAAUGACUUUCACAUUUUCUUUCUUCUCUGUGUCUCUCAGGAAACAUGGUGAGCAAGGAGGGUGGCAAAUGCAUGCUCACCAACUCAGAGUCUGACUCGGAGGCGGCCCCCGUGCCUUCCACCUCACUAGCCCUUGAGGUGAAGUAUUCCCUGGAUGCCAGUCGACAGGUGAGGAAACGAAACAAGGCCUUGCAAGUGCGUUUCAAGGAUAUUUGUGAGGCACAGAACGAACAGCGGGAAGCGGAGUUGCAGGCAGCGGGAAAAUGUGGCAAGCCCAUCUCGUACAAAGUGGCGUACCGCAAGUACAUGACAGUCCCUGCUCGCAGAUCCAUCCCAAAUGUCACUAGGAGCACAGGAGUGCAAACGUCCCCCGACCUGAAGAAGCGCUAUCAGACCUUUCCUUUUGAACGCAAAAAAGGACAAACCUUUAAAGACGUGUCGGCUGUGGAGACAUAUAAAGGGCAGAAUAACGGUUUUGUCAUGGACAUGAAGCAGACCAGGGCUGUUGGGCAGGGUUUAGACGUGGAGGAGGAGGAGGAGGGAGCUUGCCGGGGGAGUGGAGUCCGGAGGACCAGGGCUCUGCUCCAUACUAAUGAGUGUAUUGCCACGGUGGAGCAGCACACUGCACCUGAUGGCCUGUGCUCUGACGCUCUGCUGCUCAGUUGCUCUGCAGACACAGACUGCCUUGCAGACACAUCGAGAGGAAGUGGAGCUGGAGCCCAGGCAGAGUACCAACUCUGCAGUGUCCCAUCGAAAGCAAGGACCGGAUUACAAAACAGAGAGCCUAACACAGGCAAAAGGCAACUGCUCAAUCUGGAGGAGGGCUCGACCCGCACACUGCCGGACAGGCCCUCCAAGGUAACGGGCCCCAUCGCAUGGAACUCCCUCACACAGGUGGAGUGCCUGGACAGCCCGUCUGUGAGGAGCAAGCGGAAGAAAGGCCUACAGCUGAACGGGCUGCAGAGUGAGACACUGCCGCGUUCCGGUGGAGGCUGUACCACACAGGCACAGUGCCACACGGGACAACUGUCUGCUCGGCCUCUGAGAGGUAUGGAGGAGAACGUGUCUCCCUGCAGAGCUGGUGAUCCUGGUGGGCCACAACACCACCAAACACAAGAGGCCUGUAAGCAAAUUGUGCCUCUAAAUCCAGACAGGGACGUUAAAGCACAGCUCCAGGCCAUGGAAAAUCUUAUCAGCUCCAGCCAAGAGACUAUCAAGGUGCUUCUGGGGGUCAUUCAGGAAUUGGAGAAGGGGGAGGCCCACAGAGAAGGACUCUCCUAUCGAACCGGACAGGACACAGCCAACUGUGACACGUGCCGGAACAGCGCAUGCAUUAUUUACAGUGUGGAGCUGGACUUCAAGCAGCAGGAGGACAAAUUGCAGCCAUUGAUGAAGAGGCUCUGCCCCACCGAGGACAUCCAUUUAGCCCCCCUGCCUUAUCCACAGGAGGCCUUCACCUCCACCCCCAAACGCAAAUCCAAAGCCGACUCCAAGAAGCAUGCUCGAUGGAAACUCUGGUUUCUGUGACAUUGAAUGAAGUGUCUCCUCCCCCGUGCUACCUAAACAAAGGAUUAAUAUACUGUGUCCGGACGUCCGCGGUUUGUUCCAUUUAUCUGCCAUCACACUUUUUGUAAACCUCAAAAUCACAAGCAAAAGCUCCACUUGUGGAUACUGAACCCCCCCACCCUCCACCCCCGCACCUCCCCGAGCUGAUAGGAUGUGAAAUGGGUGUUUGAAUUCCAUGAAAAGUUGAAAAUGGAUUUGCCAUUAUCUUAAAACUGAUUUCUUCGACUGUUGUUUGAAAUCAUAACAGCUGUGGGAAUCAGCAAGGUGAGGAGACAAAAUGGAUUUCUGUCUAUUUGCAAGUUUUUGGUUGUUUUUCAAGCUAAUGUCCCUGGGAAUUUAUUCUCUUAUAUCGGUUAAGUGACUGUCAUAUUUCUAUUCACCACUUUUGACUUUUCCAACCUACUUGGCGGCCUCCAGGAGAGGCUGCUGUUUCAACCACAGUGUUUCGAGAUCAACAGCACAAGCACAAAAAACUCUUCAGGAUACUUUUUUCUGCGAAAAAAACAAACAAACAAACUUUUUUGAGUAUCUCGUACAUCAACUGUCACGGGCGGACUAGAGGACUUUGAUAUUAUCCGGAGAAAUGACCUGAAGAAUUAAAAGGUCGGACAUGUUUAUUGGAGAAUGAUGAACUUUCUACAAACUACUAAAAUGUCUCCUUGAUUUUGAAGUGAAGAAACAAUAAAUAACAAUUAUUUUCUUAACAAUAAUUUACAAAGUUAGACAUCAAUGUAUUUUUUCUAUUAAAUUAUAUAUAUAUAUAUAUGUACACACACACUUUAAGGUUUAGUGGAAUACAUUCUUUUGAAUUUCCUUUUCAUCCACAUUUUUUAAAAUUAAAUGAUGAGUAAAGAGCACUCUCUUAAAGAAACCAAGUUCAUAUAUAUAGUUUAUGACUGAGCUGCAGAGAAUGUUUAUCUUUCAUUGUUCCACUGAUGAGCUUUUAGCACAUGUUGGGUAAUAAAAAAAACGGCAUCUGCGGUGGCAUCUCUGCGGUAUCCUACAUCAGCUGCUAUGAAAGACACAAGCAGAGUGAGUGUCCCGCUGCUCAUCACUGUCUACAGUGCAGGGUGUCAUGAUUUUUACAACCUUUUUGGUUAAAAAUAUAAUAUUUUCUCCUCUGUCCAGAUUAUUUAAACAUUCACCUUAAUAUUGUAAUCACCCUUAAAUUGCUUUUUCUGACUGUAGAGUAAAUGGUCAUGUAGUAACUCCAUACAGGGUGCAAGGACUAUGUACAGCAAAAACAAAAAUAGUUUAAAGUAUACAGUAUAUAUAUAUAUAUAUAUAUAGAGAGAGAGAGAGAGAGAGAGAGAAAGAGAAAGAGAGAGAGAGAGAGAGAGAGAGAAAGAGAGAGAGAGAGAGAGAGAGAGGAUGGAAUCAAAUAGGGCUAAAACCAUUUCAGCAAGUGGCAGAGGAGCCAAAAUAUGAAAGACAACAACAUACUGUAUUUACAACAGCGCCUGCGGAGAAAACAACUGGAGUCACUCUCUGAGCCAAGAACACUGCCCUGAAAGACAGGAAAUUUGCCAAAGU